GUUGGACUUCCAACUUGCAAAGUACUAACAAACUAAUCGAAAUCCUGCAAACAGUUUACUGGGUAGGCAUACUCUACAAGAAUGACCGGCUUUUCUGCUCUACCCUUCGCUGAAGACUCCCUCAAUGACGAAUCCCGGUGGAUAGGGAGAGCCAGGAUAUUAGGACCCCCAUUGACACGUCUCCCUACUCUCACUAUUGGACUUUUGGGAGUUUCGGUCUUGUGGUCGGUUGAGAUGUCAUAUGCCUCCCCCUACCUAUUGUCCCUCGGUCUGUCAAAACCACUAAUGGCAGUGGUCUUCCUUGCUGGGCCCCUCUCUGGUCUCAUUGUUCAGCCCUUAAUAGGUGUGCUAGCUGAUAAUUCAAAGUCACGCUUUGGCAGACGGCGGCCUUUAAUCGGUAUUGGUGCAGCAUUAUGUUGUAUUACAACCCUUCUGUUCGGAUACGCUCGUCCAUUUGCUGCUUUGUUUACAACGCCAGGAUCAUCCUCGCAUGAUUCACUUGCCAUAUGGCUUGCUGUCCUAUCGAUAUAUUGCAUAGAUUUUUCCAUCAAUGCAGUGCAAGCUCUGGACCGUGCUCUUUUGGUCGACACCCUACCCCCAUCAGAUCAGCCCAGUGGUAACGCAUGGGCUGCUCGAAUGCAGGCCAUUGGCGGCGUACUCGGAUUCUUUGUGGGAGAAAUAGACCUUCCUCAAUGGUUACCUUUCCUUGGCCAUGCUCAACUAGAAGAUUUGGUAGUCAUUGCGUCUCUGUUACUCAUAUCCACUCAUCUGUUGACCUCUAUUUGCGUCAAAGAGAGGAUACUUGUUGCAACCGAUACCCGCGCCCAGGGUCUGAAGCAAGAAAUAUACAAUAUAUGGAAUACUCUGACAAGAUUACCUCGAGUAAUAAAACAAAUCUGUUAUAUUCAAUUUUUUUCAUCCCUGGCCUGGUUCCCUGUUUUAUUCUAUACUACCGUGUAUAUUGGCGAACUACACAAACAGGUUUCCCCUCCUCCAGCAGACGAUGAUUCAGCUGUCAUAUUAGAAGAGGAGGCGACACGUCUUGGCACGCGUGCACUAUUCUACAGCGCGCUUGUAUCCCUUGCAGCAAACAUCAUUAUGCCUUUCUUCGUCAUCCGUGCUAAAGAAGUUGCUAUAUCGACCCCUCUUCGACUGAAGAAGCCGUGGUUGGAACGUGUCCAGGUUCACCUGGCUACACUGUGGGCAUUCUCUCUUCUUGUAUUCGCACUAUGCAUGGCUGCUACGUUCGUUGUAUCAAGCGUUGGCGGUGCUACUUUCAUCAUGUCAGUGACCGGAUUUUGUUGGGCCAUAGUACAGUGGGCCCCAUUUACGUUGCUCGCGGAGGCAAUAUUGUCCCAUCCCGCAACUGAUGAAGAGACUAUCUCGAUAUACCUCGAGGACACGCGCUUGAAUUUAAGAUCCAGGACUGAUGAUGAUGAGCAGGAUGCUGAUGAAACUCGGCAUCUCGUCGAUUCCGACCUGGAAGACCCGACAUACUCGAGAUCUGCGUCGCCGGAGCAAGAGAAUGGCGACUAUCCGAGGAUCAUGAUAAAUCACGAAGCACGAGUCAGCCAGAUAGAUAUAAAUGACUCAUCGGCUCAAAUGUCUCAUGAUGCAUUGCCUCGCAGGCUGAAAAAGAAUCCCAACGGCUUAAGCUCGCAGGCUGGUGCUAUUCUCGGCAUUCAUAAUAUUUUUAUCGUCGUACCCCAAUUUCUCGUCACUGGCCUGUCGUCAAUCAUCUUCGCAAUAUUUGAUCCUCAGAAAUCUGUCCUACAUGGUCAUCAUCCGGGCAACGCUAUCCCUGUCAAUGGUACGAUCAUUACGUCAGGAGAUGUCAUGCGACAAAUCUUAGAUCGAGACCAAGAUCCCUCUGUAAAAACAGGUCCCAAUGCAAUUGCAAUAAUCUUUCGGUUGGGGGGCGUAGCCGCGGCCGUAGCUUUUGCCUUGUGCUGGCGCCUAGCUAGGGAAUUGAGACACAUGAAUUUUGAUCGCUUUCCUGGUCACCUGGGUACUUCCAAUGUCGAACUACAGUUAUACAUACAUGCUUUGAUACUUUCCGGACGAAUGCCACAUCCUCAAAAAACAGUUCCGUCGCUCUCUAUCUCGAUGGGCGGUCCGCCAGUCAAGGGGCGGAGUCGCUUGGCAAUUUCUCUCCCUCCUUUCCACGUUGCGCUUUCUAGUACUUGAGCAAGGGUGAGAUCAUAAGAGUUCACACCAAUUUGACUUCGAAUGCCAUCAGCGAUACGAUCCCUUCCCAAGAAGUUUAGUGUAAUCUUGGGAUGGUUUCACUGAUGUGACCCACAGUUCAAUCACCGUCAUUGCCCGCCAUUCAACUACAGCACCAUGUGAUGGUGGAAGACGUGGAACACCGUCGGUGUUUGUGGGCGCUUCAAGACCGGGUUUAAGAGUAAGAACGCCAAAGUCAAUCAGCAAGCCUCCUAGAUGAAACUU